UCAGCUGCCCGGGGCUGGGUGGGGGGAGAGGAAAAGAGAGGCUGGAUCUGGUCCGUCCCUGCUGUUGCUCCUCCGGCUUUUUCUCGCAAACCUUGCAAAGUAAUUCCAGUGCCGUUGGAGGAGGAGGAGGAGGAGGAGGAGGAGGAGGAGGAGGCGGCGAAGGAGGAGGAAGAGGCGGAAUUUCUCCCCAACCUAUCUGCCGGGAUGCAGCUUUUUUGAAAAAAGCCAGCCACACACUUGCCCCGUGAACUGUGAGGAGACAGCAACUGCAGAAGGCAAGAGCUAGCGAGGCGGGGGAGAGCCUCCGGCCAGCCCUCGGUCUGUCUACCCCCUCCUCCCUGCUUCUUUUUACCUACUGCACCAAAGAGGAUGAGAAGCGAAGUUUUUUUGCAAAAGCCGAGAAGGAUUUUAUAAUUGAACUUCAGCCCGGCGCCCAGCCUUUGCUCUCGGCUGGCCAAGGAACGGCGGGGGGUGGGGGAGAGGGGUCGGGAGUGACGGUUGCCUUGCAGGGCUGCCGGGGGUCUGCGGCCGGGGAGGGGGUCCAGCGCGAUGUGGAAGAUGCCGGCGCUCCUGGGUUUGGUGCAAUCGCGCUACUGCUGCUGCCGCUGCUGCUGCUGGUUUCUGCUGCUGCUGCCGCCGCCGCUCUGGAUCAGCCUGGCCGCGGCUAAGCAAGUGCUGAGGUACCGCUUGGACUAGGCGGGGCCGGCCGACAUCCGGAUCGGCAACGUGGCUUCGGACCUGGGGAUCGUGACCGGCUCGGGCGAGGUGGCGUUCAGCCUGGAGGCCGGCUCGGACUACCUGAAGAUCGACAACAUGACGGGCGAGCUGAGCACCACCGAGCGGCGCAUCGACCGCGAGAAGCUGCCGCAGUGUCAGAUGAUCUUCGACGAGAACGAAUGCUUCCUGGACUUCGAGGUGUCGGUGAUCGGGCCCUCGCAGAGCUGGGUCGACCUCUUCGAGGGCCGGGUCAUCAUCCUGGACAUCAACGACAACACACCCACCUUCCCUUCCCCGGUGCUCACCCUCACCGUCGAGGAGAACCGCCCGGUGGGGACCCUCUACCUGCUCCCCACAGCCACCGACCGCGACUUCGGCCGCAACGGCAUCGAGCGCUACGAGCUGCUGCAGGAGCCCGGUGGGGAGGCCGGCAGGNGGGGAGGGGGGGGGGCGACGCCCCCGGCCGCCUCGGAUGGUGCCCUAUACCCCGGCGGCGGCAAACGGAGGCAGGAGGCAGACGGCCCAGCCCGGAGUAGCGUCUUCGAGCUGCAGGUGGCCGAUACUCCCGACGGCGAGAAACAGCCGCAGCUGAUCGUCAAAGGGGCCCUGGACCGCGAGCAGAGGGACUCCUACGAGUUGAGCCUGCGGGUGCGGGAUGGGGGCGAGCCGGCGCGCUCCUCACAGGCCAUCCUCCGCGUCCUGAUCACCGACGUGAAUGACAACAACCCUCGCUUCGAGAAGAGCGUCUACGAGGCGGACCUGGCCGAGAACAGCAGCCCCGGCACCCCGAUCCUGCAGCUGCGGGCGGCCGAUGCGGACGCCGGGGUCAAUGGGCAGAUCGAGUAUGUUUUUGGGGCGGCCACUGAGUCGGUGAGGCGCUUGCUGCGCCUGGACGAGUCAUCGGGCUGGCUCAGCGUCCUGCACCGGAUUGACCGAGAGGAGGUGAGCCAGCUCCGGUUCACCGUCAUGGCCCGCGACCGCGGACAGCCUCCCAAGAACGACAAGGCCACCGUGGUGCUGACCAUCCGCGACGAGAAUGACAACGUGCCCACCAUUGACAUCCGCAAGAUUGGGCGCAUCCCGCUGCGCGAUGGGGUGGCCAGUGUGGCCGAAGACGUGCUGGUGGACACCCCCAUCGCUCUGGUGCAGGUCUCAGACCGCGACGAAGGUGAAAACGGUGUGGUGACCUGCACAGUGGUGGGCGACGUGCCCUUUCAGCUGAAGCCAGCCAGCGAGGGGGAGGGCGAGCCGCAGAACAAGCGCAAGUAUUUCCUGCACACCUCAGCCCCACUCGACUAUGAGGCCCUGCGGGACUAUAACGUGGUUAUUGUGGCCGUUGACUCUGGCAGUCCCAGCCUCUCCAGUAACAAUUCGCUGCUGGUGCGGGUGGGAGACACCAAUGACAACCCGCCCAUCUUCAGCCAGCCCGUGCUGGAGGUGCCCUUCCCAGAGAACAAUGCCCCAGGUGAGCGGGUGGCCACAGUGCUGGCCACUGAUGCAGACAGUGGCAAGAACGCUGAGUUGGCCUACUCCCUGGAGCCUUCACCUCUGGCAGCUGAAGCGCCCUCUGGCCUCUUCACCAUUGACCCAGACUCGGGCGAUGUCCGCGUGCAGGCAGUGCUGGAUCGCGAGCAGCGGGACACGUAUGAGUUCCAAGUGACUGCUCGUGACAAGGGGGUGCCUUCCCUGCAGGGCUCCGCCCUGGUGGUGGUGCGGGUGGCUGACCGCAACGACAAUGAGCCACGCUUCAUGCAGGACGUCUUCACCUUCUAUGUCAAGGAGAACCUGCAGCCCAACAGCCCGGUGGGCAUGGUGACGGUGAUGGAUGCUGACAAGGGGCGCAAUGCCCAGCUCAGCCUGGCCAUCCAGCCGGGUGCACAGGAGCCUGGCCCUGGUGCGCCCGAUGGCAUCUUCUCCAUCGAGAAUGACACAGGCACCAUCUACUCCACCAUUUCCUUCGACCGUGAGCUGCAGACCAGCUACACCUUCCGCGUGAAGGCAGUGGACGGCGGUGAGCCGGCGCUCUCAGCCACGGCCACUGUCUCGCUCUUCGUCAUGGAUGAAAAUGACAACGCGCCUGCAGUCACCUCGCCGGCCAACAGCUCCUUCACCGUCCUGCCGCCCUCCAGCAGCCCGCGGUCCGUGGUGGCGGCUGUGCAGGCCCGGGACGCGGACGUGGGCCAGAAUGCAGAACUGAGCUACAGCCUGGUGGGCGGCAACCCAUUCAAGCUCUUCGAGAUCGACCCAGCCAGCGGCGUGGUCUCACUGGUGGCCAAGCUGUCGCCGAAGCACUAUGGCCUGCACCGCCUGGUGGUGCAGGUCAAUGACAGCGGCCAGGCGGCCCAGGCCACCACGGCGCUGCUCCACGUUUUCGUCAAUGAGAGCCUGGCCAAUGCCAGUGCUGUGGAGAGCCAAGUGGCGCGCAGCCUGCACACACCGCUGGGCCGGGACAUCGCUGGCGACCCCAGCUACGAGCUGAGCAAGCAGCGGCUCAGCAUCGUGGUGGGCGUGGUGGCUGGCGUGAUGGCUGUGGUGCUGCUCAUCCUGGUGGUGGUCCUGGCCCGCUACUGCCGCUCCAAGGGCAAGCACGGCGGCUACGAGGCUGGCAAGAAGGACCAUGAGGACUUCUUCACUCCCCAGCCCCACGACAAGGCCAAGAAGCCCAAGAAGGACCGGAAGGGUAAGAAGGGCGGCAAGCAGCCACUGUACAGCAGCAUCGUCACCGUCGAGGCCUCCAAGCCCAAUGGGCAGCGCUACGACAGUGUCCACGAGAAACUCUCCGCUGACAGCCCGGCCCUGAGCCGCUACCGCUCGGUCAAUGGUGGCCCGGGCAGCCCGGAUCUGGCCCGUCAUUACAAAUCCAGCUCACCGCUGCCCACCGUGCAGCUUCACCCCCAGUCGCCCACUGCCGGGAAAAAGCACCAGGCUGUGCAGGACCUGCCACCGGCCAACACCUUCGUGGGCGCAGGGGACAACAUCUCCAUCGGGUCAGACCACUGCUCUGAGUACAGCUGUCAGGCCAGCAGCAAGUACAGCAAGCAG